AUGCCACCUCAGUCCCCACCCCCUAAACCCCAAAACUUCACCUUCUUCCACGGCCACCGCAAGCCCUCACAGAACCGCCCUACAGUCCGCGGCGGCCUCUUCUCCAACCGCGUCUCCCUCCCAAACCGCAGAUACCCCACCGCCGCCCCCCAACCUCAGUCCUUCGAACUCUCCAAAUGGGAUCCACACCUCCCCCAAUCCUCGCCGUCCACUUCAUCAUCCAACCCUGCCGACACGACACUCCUCUCAUUUCUCUCCCCUAUCGCUCGCUUCAUUCUCGACGCGUUCCGCAAGAACCAGAACCACUGGGGCCCACCAGUCGUCUCGGAGCUCCGAAAGCUCCGCCGGGUUACGCCCGACCUCGUUGCCGAGGUGCUCAAGGUCCAAAACGACCCCGUCUCCGCUUCCAAGUUCUUCCACUGGGCAGGUAAGCAAAAGGGUUUCAAGCACACUUAUGCUUCCUACAAUGCCUUGGCCUAUUGUCUGAACAGGUCCAACCGGUUCCGGUCCGCGGACCAAGUCCCAGAGUUGAUGGACUCGCAGGGCAAACCCCCCAGCGAGAAACAGUUUGAGAUUCUCAUCAGAAUGCACUCCGAUGCCAAUAGAGUGAAGUCGGGUUAUUUGGAUUUGGCAUUAUCGGUUUACGAAGACUUUAGGGGUGAUGGGUUGGUCGAGGAGAGUGUUACUUUUAUGAUCUUGAUAAAGGGUCUUUGUAAAAUGGGAAGAAUGGAUGAAAUGUUGCAGCUUUUGGAGAGAAUGAGGGUGAAUUUGUGUAAACCUGACGUGUUUGCAUACACGGCAAUGGUUAAGGUUUUGAUUUCAGAGGGGAACUUGGACGGCUGUUUGAGGGUUUGGGAGGAAAUGAAGAGAGAUAGGGUAGGGGCAGACGUUAUGGCAUAUGCAACUCUGGUUACGGGUCUGUGUAAGGGAGGGAGGGUGGAGAAGGGAUACGAGUUGUUUAGGGAGAUGAAGGUUAAGGGUUUCCUGAUUGAUAGAGCCAUUUACGGGGUGUUGAUUGGGGGGUUCGUGGCAGACAGGAAGGUUGGAGCGGCAUGUGAUUUGUUGAAGGAUUUGAUGGAUUCAGGGUAUAGGGCAGAUUUGGGGAUAUAUAAUUCUCUUAUUGAGGGUUUAUGUAAUGCGAAGCGGGUUGACAAAGCUUAUAAGAUUUUCCGAGUUACAGUUCAAGAGGGUCUUCAGCCAGAUUUUGCUACGGUGAAUCCCAUUUUGGUGUCUUAUGCUGAGAUGAGAAGAAUGGAUAACUUUUGCGAUAUGCUUGCAGAGAUGGAGAAAUUUGAUUUUCCUGUUAUUGAUGAUCUUUCAAAAUUCUUUUCCUUUAUGGUAGGAAAGGAGGAUGGAGUCCCGUUAGCUUUGGAAGUGUUUGGGGAGUUGAAAGUUAAAGGAUGUGGAUUUGCAGCCCGAUGCGUCUACUAUAGCAUUGCAAUUAUGUGUUUUGUUGAAGAUGAGGACAUCCAUGAGGCUUGUGCCUCUCAUAAUAAGAUAAUUGAGAUGUCUUGUGUUCCUUCUAUCUCUGCUUAUUGUUCUCUUGCAAGAGCUCUUUGCAAAGUUGGCGAGAUUGAUACAGUUAUGCUGCUUGUUCGUGACUGCUUAGCCAUACUAAAUGAGAUGAUGCAGCAGGGUUGUCCUCCGGAUGAUGUUAUAUACUCUGCUAUAAUCUCUGGCAUGUGUAAGCAUGGAACAAUAGAGGAGGCAAGGAAGAUAUUUUCUAAUUUGAAAGAGCGCAAACUUUUAACAGAAGCCAACAUGAUUGUGUAUGAUGAAGUAUUAAUUGAACACAUGAAGAAGAAGACGGCAGAUCUGGUGGUGUCAGGAUUGAAGUUUUUUGGUUUAGAAUCCAAGUUGAAAGCAAAGGGUUGUAAACUGCUGUCGGGAUGA